AUUGAUUUUCCAGACCAUGGCCCGCAUCGUUGAGAGCAAUGCCCAUACUAAAACAGCAAAUAGUUUCUUUCCCAUCACUGUUGCCCAGUGACGUCGCCGACUUAAGAAUAGAGAUGAUGCUUGCCUUGUGACCUGAGGAAUGAGUGAUGCGGAUCGUCUGGUGGAAAAUCUGCGCCAUGUGCCGGUCCGCCUGCCCAAGGAGUUGGAGGUUCGCCAGCUGUGCCGCUCGUUGAGUGACUUGCUCAUCGGCGAGGCGAAUCUACUGAGCCUGCAGAGUCCGCAAAUCGUAUGCGGCGACAUUCACGGGCAGUUCGAGGAUCUGCUCCACCUGCUGGAACUGGGCGGAUCGGUGCAGCAACAUCGCUACUUGUUCCUGGGUGACAUGGUGGAUCGCGGCAAAAACAGCGUGGAGACCUUUCUCAUGCUAGCUGCUCUCAAGGUGCGACAUCCGGCACAGAUUAGCCUGUUACGGGGUAACCAUGAGUGUCGCAGUGCCACUCGAUCCUAUGGAUUUUACGACGAGUGCCUUGCACAGUACGGCUCUGCGAAUGUUUGGAGGAUGUGCUGCCGUGUUUUCGAUCUCUUGCCGCUGGCGGCGAUAAUUGAUGGCCACAUAUUUUGCGUUCAUGGCGGCCUGUCGCCGGAUAUCCAGCGAUUGGAUGAAUUUCGUACACUGGACCGCUGCCACGAGAUUCCCGAAAGUGGAGUCAUAGCUGAUCUCCUCUGGAGCGAUCCCCAGGAAACGCCUGGAUGGACGGCGUCGCCACGUGGGCACGGAAAACUCUUUGGUGGCGAUGUCGUGGAGGAGUUCACCCGCAACAAUGGCAUCUCUCUCAUAUGCAGAGCUCACCAGUUGGCCAGGGAUGGCUUUCGGUGGCAUUUUGGGCAACAGCUUGUGACCAUCUGGUCAGCACCCAACUAUUGCUAUCGCUGCGGCAACAAAGCGGCAAUACUGCGUUUAAAUUCUGUUGGGGAUUACGAUUUUGAAGUGUUUGAAGCGCAGGCGCUGCACUCCAAGCCGCAGCCUAGGAAACCGAAAAAGCGUUGUCGUCAAUUUUUUCUAUGA